CACAUAAGUCCGUGUUUAUUUGGAUAACAAAUUUGUUUAAAUUCCGAAUUUUAUAUUUAACUUUUACUCGAUACUAAAUACAACCAAUGAUAAGAAUGGAAAUAGUUUAAGUAAUUCCGAUGUUCAGAGACCCAUUUGUCGAUAUCCGAUGGAGUGUAAGCAGAGCGAUAGUAAGAAAUUAUUUAAAGUUUUUGACGCAUCCAAACGCAAGCGGACGAGGAAAAAGCGUGAGGGAAUCGAUGACAGCCACUCUCUAGCAACGGAUGAGUCGAAUGGUGUAUGCCACGGUAACGGGUGUCGAAUAUCGUCAGCUAAAGCGAGCCUACAGGACAUCCCUCCAGCUGCAGAUUGUGAUGGGCUUCAAGACAUUGGCAAUAACAGAGAAAGAGACAGCAGUCCUUCAAUGCAACGCUCUCCCGUUGAUAUGCGUCGGUCUUCCCGAUCACCACGCCGAAGUCGACGCAUUGCGCGAGAAGGCAUUUCUCUGGCACUCAAAGCCGGUCUAGUAUCAACACCUCGGUCUAUUUCUCCAGCUGCACAGGACGGUGAGGAUGCAAUUGAAACAAUUCCCCAGGAUCAAGAUUCUUUCAUCUACGCCUUUUUAGAGGAAGCCAUAAAACGGGAUAAAAAGAAGCAUCGCCACGCACGACGAUAUGAGGAAAGUCAUGCAAAUCGUAAUCGAGACAUUUCCGUCACAAAAGACUGUCACAAACACCAUCGAAAACAUAGAGAUGAGCACAGAGAAGCAGAAAAGGCCACAAAAGAAAAUCGUCCAGUGGUAGACCAAGCAGCUUUAUUCGAAACAUUUGCAAAGUUGUGUGCUCAGAUGAAUGAAAAGACCGCGCACCACCAAAAUGUUACUCAAGUUCCACGAUCCCAUAGUCAUAAAUCAUUACAAUGUGAAGCGAUAUCGAGGCGUGCUUCUGUCGACGUCGAUCAACAACCAGAACGUCUCAAAAGUCGCGAUCAUUCUAAAGGCCGUAGUUCACCAUCAAAAAUACGCAGCUAUGAGAAUUUUAAGAGUAGACUCCACAGCCGCGAGAAUAUUGCAGCCCCAACUGAUAAUCGAAAAGAAAAGUAUGCAUCUUACCCCUACAAUAAUCAAGAACCAAGAUAUGUAAGCAAAGUCAACGUGAUGAGAAAUCACGAAGAGGAGGGACAUCGUGAAUACCCUCCUGAAAGAACAGUAACUCGGAGUUGUGUUAACGGAUGUUAUAGGCAGCCUGAACCAGAUAGAAGAGACAGAGAUUACGAUGAGCGUAGAGAUCCUCGAAGGUAUGAAGACAGGAGAAGAUUAUGCGAACAGAAAACUAGUAGAAGCUUCGAUAUGCGAAGGGAUUCAUUUGUUGAAGAUGAUAUGUACUAUCGUAGAACGGCUAGGAGUGACGGGAUAAAGGAUAAGACCCUGGAUGGUAGAGAAUAUAGGGAUAGAAGAUAUUACGACAGGAGUAAUAGAGACAAAUACUAUGAAGAUAAAGAACGGCCGAGAAAUCUCUCUAACUUGCCUAGUAAAGACCGUCGUUCCAAGCGGAAUCUGGAGCGUUUUGAUAGAAUGUCGGUAGUAUCAAGAGAUGAGGAUUAUAAAGAUCGAGAGAGAUACUCUGAAAGAGAAAGGGAUUCAGUUCUCAGUGUAGCAGAUGGCGAAACUAGUACAGUGAGCGAGAAAAGCAACUAUUUGCGAGUUGUUAAGCAAGAAAUAUCCGAGCAACGGGAGGCCAUGGACAAAAUGAUGAAACUGUGGAAAGAAUUGAUGCGGUGCUUUAAAGAUAUCUCCCAGACUCAAGGUCGAGACAAAACUGUUAAUGACUCUGCCAAUAAUGCACGGGAAUCUGCAGCCGCGCAGCUUCGUUUAUGGCGUGAGUGCAUGCGUCGCUACGAGACUGUUGCACGAGACGUUGGCGAUACUGAUGCUAGACUUAUGGAGGAGAUAAAUAAACAGCGAUCUGAAAUGUCCGAAAUGGCGACCAUGUGGCAAGAGUGUCUGCAGAGAUAUAGAGACAUGAGCAAUGAUUUCAACAGCCUUAAGCAGAAGUUGGCGACAUCAGAAAGUCCCACUCGGCCUCCGGCGCCUCCCCUGGCGUGUGCAGAAGGUGAAGGGCCGCUCGCAGCGCCCUACCGAUUACCCCACAACUACCCACUUAUGCCUCCGAUGCAUCCCGGCUACGGCAACGCGGCGUCACCUCUGAGGAGCCGAGCGUCAGCGCCGCCAGCUUGGUGGUGGGCUAAUGAGAACGCGCAGCACUCUGGACGCAGACGAUCGUCACCGGAGUCGCACGGCUCCCGGGAGAGACGCAAUCGACAUAAGACCAGGGAUCGAGAUGAUUCGAGAUAUAAAGAAAAGUCGUCAAAAUCGAAUGGAGCCCGAUCUGAUCAUAGGCACAGAAAAAGAUAACGCAACAAACAUGUCUGCAAAAACUUUUAUAAAUUAUUGUGCGCUUUAUUAUAAAAUCCGUGCUUAGUUAAAUGUCUGUACAAAGCAA